CCUCACUAUAUAUCCAACAAUCUAUUAAUAACCGGCAAGGUCUGAAACAAACAGUACAUGCUCUUACAAGUAAUCCCCGACGAGACCUCCGAGUAAACAAGCGACCCGAACAUCCGGGAUGACACGUUAAGCGACACGUUAAGCAGCCGGCAUCAACGCCUACAUCCAUUCCUAUGAUAUGCUAUUGGCACUGAAGGACUACCCAACUUUGACAACGACAUGUUGUCACCCCUCACCGUGACCCUGAUCCAAUCAACCUUCUUCAAUGCCAUAUCCAAUAUCCUAGCUCAAAUCAUAGAUCAAUGGCAUAACGAAGAACCAUUCAAAUUCAAUAUCCCAGCAUUCAUCCAAUUCAUCACAUACUGCAUCAUCAUCGUCCCCAUCAACUUCUACUGGCAACGAUGGAUGGAAUCACGCUUCCCGGGAUUCCCAUCUUUCAGUUGGUCUAGCUCUACUACCGGCAAUACUACAAGAGACGCAGCAGGCGUCAUAAUCCCCAUCGAAGAUCUAGCAGUCAAAGAUAAAAAUAUAGCCGACAUCCAACCCCCAGCAUCAUCGUCUUCAUCUACUCUUCGGCGGUACUGGGCACCCAAAAAAUCAUCCUCGACCCGACACGGCAGUAAAGGGAUAUCAAACUUUUUCAAAAAAUUCCUCCUAGACCAGACCAUCGGCUCAGUGGUGAAUGUCUGGCUUUUCAUCGUGCUCAUUAAUCUUCUUAAGGGUAAAGAUUGGGCGUAUACAUCCAUGCGAGUCAGUGAGGAUAUGCCGGAUGUUAUGAUUGCGCGAUUGAAAUAUAGACCUCUCGUGGCAGCGUUGAUGUAUACCAUUAUUCCGGUUGAUAGAAGGGUUGUAUUUGGGAGUUUCUGUGGGGUUAUUUGGAGUGUUUAUUUGAGUUUGCAUUCGCUUUCGAGGUGAUUUUUUUAAUGUAUUUAGCCUGCUGAUAUUUUGAUACCUUUUCUUUUUUUUUUCUUUCAUUGGAUGGCAACAAGCACUUCGAAUAACCUUCAUUCAAUCAUAUCUUUUGGAAUCCACCCCUAAUACACAGGUGUACAUGAAUACAUCAAACAUCGUCAAAGGAAUACAUGAUCAUCGUGACUCAAUGGCAUACCCCUUAUGAGCAACCAAUGCAAUAAGAGCAGCACCAACACCACUACCGUCUUUGGCAAUGCCAAUUCGCACUUUUUUCUCCUUCUCUCCGAUACCCUUGAUUUCCCGCAUGGCUUCGCGUAUAUAGUCGACGAACUUGGGGUAAAAUUCUACCAGACUGCCGUCAACGCCAAUGUCCACAGUCUCAUCCGUGUCUAUCCGCUUGGUGUCUAUGAGAAUAGCCGCAAGAGCUAUAGCACUGAGACGGGCAGAACGUUUUGCGAUAGCAUGACCGAUAGCUUGGAUUGCCUGCGCAUCAUCGGUGCUGGCAUUGCUCACUUUGAAGUGCUCAAACAAUGCAGCCUUUGUCUCGGCAAGAUCGGAGGUGGUGUCUGCUUCAAUGACACUCAAGAAGCUGGUAUCAAUACCCCAGGGGGUGUAUAACGGCGAGUCGGUAGGUAUCAAAGUACCAUCGCCCCGUAGCAGCCUGGCAGUGGCAUCCUUGGCCAGCCCCAAAAUAGCAAGACGAAGAAUCUCGCCCAAAAACAUGCCCGAUACUCGUUUCUCAAACAUCUGAAUACCUGGGUUGACUGAAGCUGCGUCUAGUUGCUGAUCAUAUAAAGUAUUGGGAAGGACGCUAAGAUUGUUAUCGAAGCUACCCCAUUCGGUAUUAAUGACCAUUUGCUGCGUAGCGUCAGCUGCUGGCUCUCCCUUGGUAUUGAGCUUUGUCAACCUGUUCAGUUUUUCGACGUAGGCGCCGUUGGUUCCCGUGCCAAAAAUGGCGCCAAUUACAGUCUCUGUUUUACCGGGCGAGGUAUACGAACGAGCCAUCAAUGUGCCGACGGUGUCGUUGACCAGGGCUGCUACGCGAACGGGAAGAUGGAGUUCAUUGAUGGCAUCUUGAAGCAUCAGACAGACAUCCUGUCCGACGGCAUCCGGAAUGUCGAAUCCUUUCGUCCACCGGAUCAAGGUACCUCUGUUGAUGGAAGUCUGGUGGACGGGGAAACUGAACGUAAAGCCAAGAUCAAAAAUUUCUUCCCGACGAUACUCGUCGGUGGUUCCGGUCAGACGGCGUCUCCGGACGGUAGCUUCAAAGUGUUCGUUGUGGUGGGUUUCGAGGAAGGAUUCAACCUGUUUGGCGAGAAACUUGAAUAAUUCCUUGUAUGAGGGCGCAACCAUCAAGUCUCGAGGGAUUGCGACUUUGGAUUGUGUGAGGUCGAAAGUGCUAUCACCGCGGAGAUUGAUAGAACAGACCCGGAAGUUGGUGCCUCCGAGGUCGACGGCCAGAUACAGGCCCUGUUGACGUUAGAUUGUUGAACAGUUGAACGAGGUGCACGGAUAGCAAGACGAAGCAAAAGUAACACCCAAAUGUCCAUUGCGUCAUAAACAGAAAAAAAAAAAAAGAAAGAAAGAAAGAAAGAAAGAAAGAAAGAAAAGAAUAAGAACGCACCUUCUCAGUGCCAUUGGGAACACUAGUCACGUAUGUAGGGAUUUGACUGAGAUUGGUGCCGUUCUUCGCCAUGCCUUCAGCCAUCUGGCUCAGGAAUUCAUCGACCCCGCGCUGUACCUGAUCGGAGGGGAGAUCGAACUCGCGUGCCACCCGCAAUGCGGCGUCGAGUGAGGGGCCGGGAGCCAUGAUGACGCCGACUGGGGAUGAUGAAGGAAAAAUGGAUUGAGGAUUGGCGCAGACAGAAGGGAGUGGAGGAGUGGGAAAACAAGAGUCGUGGAGGAGGGGAUUGCAAUGAUUAUAAAAAGAAGAAGAGGAAGAGCCGAUGAUCUCAGUGGCAGCCGUUGAUGAGGGGCAGCUCUUUCCAAGGAAGCCCGCGCCUUAGUCACCAGUUAGUCUCACUCAGUGAAAGGUAACACUGUACACAUAAAAAAUACAUAUACAACCGCGUCAUUCACUUUUAUAUU